CUAUCGCUAUCGCCCGAAAAAGUUUCCAAUCGGGGCCGGUCCCCGGCAGCAGCUCACGUGAGAUGCCGGCCAGCAACUGAACGAAAGGUACCUGGAGUUUGGACCAGUGAGGAGCGAGUGUUUGCCAGACGGGAGCUAGCACAAGAUCGGACUAGUCUGUGCUUAUCCGGCAGGCAAAUGUGGGGAAGAUGCGGGUGCCCAGACCCCAAGCGGCGGGCGGUGACAAGCUGCACGAAAAAAAAAUCCAAUUGAAGCAGCUCGAUGUGGGGUUUGCGCCUACGCGACAGCAGUUUCAGUGUUGACUUGGAGACCGCGCUGAUUGACCAAAAAACACCCAUUGCCAAAACUUUGCGACAAGGACAACAGCGACCAGAGAGACUCUCACAACAAUAGUACUCGUCGCUCCAGCCCUAGCUUCCUAUUGUUCGCUCGCUUCAAUAGCCUUCGAGUCACUUGUCCCAAUUCUCAAUUCCCACGGUACUCUCAAUCCAUCACCUUCACAUCACAUCGCAACCAUGAGCGACGCUGCUGUCAACCAGCCCGAGGUGGCCGCUGCCGCCACCGAAACCCCCGCCGUUGAGCAGACCACCGCUGCCCCUGUGGCCGAGGUCGAGAUGGCCGAUGCUGCCCCAACUGAGGCUGCCGCUGAGAAGUCGGAGGAGAAGGCCGAGGAGAGGACCAAGGAGCAGACUGGUGCCACCAAGCCGCUUCCAAUGCUCAAGACCACGGCUAAGAUCGACACCAACUACAAGAACAACAGAAAGUACGAUCCUUCUACUCAGGAAGUCACCGACGACCCCGUCCAGAUUCGCGCUCAGGUUGAGUUUUGGUUCAAUGACAGCAACCUUCCCGGCGACAAGCACAUGUGGGAACAGACCGGUGGUCCCGAGAACAAGCCCGUUUCCCUCAAGCACAUUUGCAACUUCAAGCGCAUGCAGCGCUUCCAGCCCUACAGUGCCGUCGUGGCUGCUCUUCGCGACAGCACCCUUCUCGAGGUCUCCGGCGAAGAAGGCGAGGAAGUCAUCAAACGCAAGGUUCCCUAUGUUCUCUCCACGCUCUCGCCACAGGAACGCCAAGCCAGAAGCGUCUACGUCAAGGGCUUUGGCGACGAGCACGGUUCCAGCCAGUUUGAGAUUGAGCAAUUCUUUUCCCAGUUUGGCAAGGUUCAGCACCUUAAGCUCCGCCGCACCAACGAGAACCUCUUCAAGGGGUCCGUGUUCGUUGAAUUUGAUUCGGAGGAGACUGCCGACGCCUUCGUCAACAAGGAGCCUGCCGCAACGUGGAAAGACCAUGAGCUAUUGAUCAUGAAAAAGGGCGAGUAUUGUGAGAUGAAGGCGAAAGAGAUCAAGGAGGGCAAGAUCCAAGCAUCAAACUCCCGCAAGUCCACCUUCUGGGAGGGUAAGGAAAAGACCUCGACCCGUGGCGGUCGCGGUGGCGCUCGUGGUGGCCACGGUGGCCGUGACAACCGCAAUGGCGACAACAAUGAGGAUAAAAAGAAUGGUUUCAAGGGUGGUCGUGGUGGGCGUGGCGGGCGUGGCGGGCGUGGCAGGGGAGGUCGCGGUGGCCGUGGUGGCAGCAGGGAUAAUAAUAAGGGACAGGAUGGGAAGAGGGAAGAGAAAAAGCCCGCCGUUAAUGACGGCGAGAUGCCUACCAUUCAGGCCACGAACGAAAAGGGCGAGGUCGUCGUCAAGCCUGCCGAGGCCAAUGGCAAGCGCACCCGCGAGAACGACGAGGCGGCUGCUCCCCCGGCUAAGAAGGUCGACACCAAGACCGAAACUGCCGCCGCGCAAUAAAGGAGAGAGGGAGAUUUACGACUCGAUGUGGAGAUUUUUUGCAGCAUCAAGGAUAAAAAAAGGUACAUUUCAUUCAGGCCAUCGACACCACAUUUGCAUCUUCCCUUUUGGCGGACAGAUUGGGGACUGUCAAAGAUAUCCGGAUGCUUUGCGUUGUAAAAUUAGAGAUUACUCUGGGCUGGCGUUUUAGGGCGGGUCACGUUGGGGGCUCUGGUUCUUUUUU